UUCCAUUCUGUACCUAUUCUGUGGCUGUGUCCUUCUUGUCCAGAAUCACCUCUCCUCGCCACACCACAGUCACAUUGCAGAUUGCAGUUUGCAGUUUUGAUUAGUUGUUCCUUGGUUAGUGAAAAGAAAAAUAUCAUGGAAUCUAUUGUGAAGUCCGAGCCAAGGGAAUCGGAAGAAUGGCUAGAAGACAGGGCAUCUGUUAAAGAAGAAAUCGACAUAGAAUAUGGCAUGCCCUGGCUUGGCAAGCAGGAGUUUCCGGAUGAGGAACAGGAGUCGUCAUCAUCAGCUGUUCGUGGGAGUGACUCCUCUGCUGAAGAGGACGAAGAAGGUAGCAAUGAAAGAUUGGGAGAAGAAGAAGUCAAACAAGAGAAGGUGUUAUGCAAAACUACUCUCAAAAAAACCCAUCUGUGUACAUUCUGUACAAAACGUUUUUCUCAAUCUUGUCAUUUAACUGUUCAUAUGCGUACUCACACAAAAGAGAAGCCUUUCCAGUGUACAGUGUGUACUAAAAUGUUCUCUCAAUCUUGUCAUUUAACCAUUCAUAUGCGUACUCACACAAAAGAGAAGCCCUUCCAGUGUACAGUGUGUAGUAAAAGGUUCUCCACCUCUUGUGAUUUAACACGGCAUAUGCGUACUCAUACAAAAGAGAAGCCUUUCCAGUGUACAGUGUGUACUAAAAGGUUCUCCACUUCUGGUGAAUUGACUGUUCAUAUGCGUACUCACACAAAAGAGAAACCUUUCCAGUGUACAGUGUGUACUAAAAGGUUCUCCACUUCUGGUGAAUUGACUGUUCAUAUGCGUACUCACACAAAAGAGAAACCUUUCCAGUGUACAGUGUGUACUAAAAGGUUCUCCUUGUCAGGUAAUUUAACCAUUCAUAUGCGUACUCACACUAAAGAGAAGCCUUUCCAGUGUACAGUGUGUGCAAAAAUGUUCUCUCAGUCAACAAGUUUGACUCAGCAUAUGCAUACCCACACAGUUUAAACAAAUCAAUUUCUUCUCUACUGGUGUGUAUUACAUAUGUUAUAUGUUCCUGAAAUUAUUCAAAUUUAUUCAUCCUUAAUGAAAAUUACAAAGUUUAAAACUUAAAGUAUAAAAUACAUUACUUGAACUAAUACAUAUCAAGCCUUUGUUUUUCAAUUAUCAAUGUUACUUCAUAAUACUAGUUACCUCAUUUAUACUAGUUACUAAUACUAACUCGUAGCUCAUAAUUUAUACAUUAUAUAGUUAAAUAAUAGUGUAUCAUGGUGAUUGGAAAGUAAAGAAUGUCUCAGUAGAGUUUUAUUGUCAAAUUCAUUGACCUAAUAGAUCAAAUUUUGUUAGCUUCUUGAGUUCAGCUUGUUCUUGCAUCUAUUCUUCCCUCGGCCUGCCUAUGCAUCUUUUAUUUUCAGCUUAAGUAAUCCAGUUCCCAAUCCAAGACUAUUUUGAUAAUGACAUAUUUAAUAGUGAAGUCCCCAGGCCACGGUACAAACGGGCAGGUUUGAUGAUGGGGCACUACACAGGGUUAUCUUCCUCAACUCAUCUGUCUCUAAAUGUUUUUGAAAUAUAUAAUAUUAGAAAACAUUUUAGACAAUAUACUUCAAACUCCGGCACAUUAUUCCUUUAUUUUCAUACAGAUUGUAAUAUUUAUCAUUAUAUUCAUCAGAUUUUUAUGCUCUCUUAUAUGCUUAGAAAGUUGUCAUUUAUGUGUUAUGAAUAUUAAUGUACUAUUUCUUCACAACAUAUUUGAAUACUAUGUAUUGAAAUAAACUCACAUUCAUUUCAUUAGGAAUGUUGUAAGAAUUGAGUGUUACUAAACAACUUUUUAGGAACUGGGUACUGAGUGAUUGAGUAAGGGUAUUUUAAUUUUGUUGCCAACCCUAUUAAAGGAAGUGUAGUUUUGGCCUAUGCCAGAAAAGCACUAAGGACUGUUGAUUGAUAAAUGUCCCUAUAAUUGGCAGGCUUUAAUAAGAUGAAACUGAGCUUUUUGGUUUUAAAUAUUAGACUAUCUAUGUCCAAAGACUGCCUUUCACUAUUAUAUUGAUUCUAUCCACUAGUUUUGAUAAUUAUGAAUAUGUCCAUUGAUAUUUUAUUGUUAGUUUUAGUCUAUGUUUUGAUUUAUGGAAUUCUAAGACUAUUUUCAAUUUUAUUUUAUAAUAGUAUAGUCUAUGACAUGUGAAUAAAUAGAUAGAUAGAUAGAUAGAAAAAAUUGAUCCUCCUGAAAAUAAACCUAUGCUCACUCUUUUGAGUUGCUUUCCGGAUCUACUGUACUCGUUAUUUUAUUUGUUACUCUCAUUAUCACAUACAUUUUAUUCAUUCCAAUGGUAGUCCUUGUAAAAAGUUGAUGUCUAUGAGAUACUUUUUCCUACUUUAUUCAAUUUGUUAUUGAUCUAAUUGCCCUAUAAAUACUUUAGUGAUUGAAAUGGCUCCAGUUCCUAGCGAGAUAUUUGAUUGUAAUAGGUGAAAUGACAAUGAAUUUAGGAAAGAACAUAUUCAUAGAAUAAAAACUGAGCUAAUAAAAUGAGAAGAGUAUACAAUUUAUUUUGAGACAGGAAGCAUAAUAUUAAGCAGAUUACAAUCACAAUAUGGUAAUUUUAAAAGAAGAUAAAACAUUUUCUACAAUUACCGUACGCAUGAUAGACUUUACAAAUAUUUUAUAAGUUCAAAACGAAUUAUUGGGUAUACUGCCUGUAGAAAAAGAUUCCCAACAAGAAGAGACAAAUAAUAGAUAUGGACAUGCCAGUGACAUUAAGAUAAACAAGUAAGCUUAUGUUUAGAUAUUGAAGUACCAAUUUAAAACUUGACUUCAAAAACCAUUGUAGUCUAUUAUUUAUUCCUAUUUCUGUCAUUGCUAAUUUUAUGUAAUAAAUUGAUCAAAUUCA